UUGGCGUCUGGUCACUUUAUCACUCGCUGGCGACGCCUUUGCGCGAUACUUUUGAUCCGAUCUGUGCCGGAUUAUUGGAUUGUUCGAUUGGAUUAUUGGAAAAUGUCCGCCGAAGUGGAUUUCGUCAACAAGAAGGAGGUGCACCUCCGCAACCUGAAGCAGUCGGGGCACGUGGGAUUCGACAGCCUGCCGGACCAAUUGGUCAACAAGAGUGUCCAGAACGGAUUCGUCUUCAACGUCAUGUGUAUAGGCGAAACGGGUCUGGGCAAGUCUACCCUGAUGGACACGCUGUUCAACACCAGCUUCGAGUCCACACCGAGUCCCCAUACGCUGCCCAGCGUCAAGUUGAAGGCCCACACCUACGAGCUGCAGGAGAGCAAUGUGCGGCUCAAGCUGACCAUCUGCGACACCGUCGGCUAUGGCGAUCAGAUCAACAAGGACGACUCGUUCAAGGCGGUGGUGGACUACAUCGACGCCCAGUUCGAGAACUAUCUGCAGGAGGAGCUGAAGAUCAAGCGAUCGCUGGUCACGUGCCACGACAGCCGCAUCCACAUCUGCCUGUACUUCAUCUGCCCCACGGGGCAUGGGCUCAAGUCGCUGGAUCUGGUGUGCAUGAAGAAGCUGGACAGCAAGGUGAACAUCAUUCCGGUAAUUGCCAAGGCGGACACCAUUUCCAAGGUGGAGCUGCAGCGAUUCAAGGCGAAGAUCAUCCAGGAGCUGAACACGAAUGGCGUGCACAUCUAUCAGUUCCCCACCGACGAUGAAACGGUGGCCGAGACGAAUACCAGCAUGAAUUCGCACAUUCCCUUUGCCGUCGUGGGCAGCACGGAGUUCAUUAAGGUGGGCAACAAGCUCAUCCGCGCCCGCCAGUAUCCCUGGGGCACCGUUCAGGUGGAGAAUGAGACGCACUGCGACUUUGUCAAGCUACGCGAGAUGCUCAUACGCACCAAUAUGGAGGAUAUGCGCGAGAAGACACACACGCGGCACUACGAGCUGUACCGGCAGAAGCGGCUGGAGCAGAUGGGCUUCAGCGAUGUCGAUAGCGACAACAAGCCGAUCUCGUUCCAGCAGACAUUCGAGGCCAAGCGCUCCAAUCAUUUGGCCGAGCUGCAGUCCAAGGAGGAGGAGGUGCGCCAGAUGUUCGUGCAGCGGGUCAAGGAGAAGGAGGCCGAGCUGAAGGAGAGCGAGAAGGAUCUGCACGCGAAGUUCGAGAAGCUGAAGCGCGAUCAUGCCGAGGAGAAGCGCAAGCUGGAGGAGUCGCGCAAGGCGCUCGAGGAGGACUACCUCGACUUCCAGCGGCGCAAGCAGCAGCUGGCCACCGCCCACCACACGCUCACCCUGGGCAAGAGCAAGAAGAAGUAGAAUCCGGCGCCGCCGCCGCCGUCGAGCAAUGUAUUGAGAAUUCUGUGCGGUCCGCUAAUCCCAAAGUAAUUAUUGCUUUCUCAUCUCGUUGUCUUUCAUUUGUACUAUUAAGUUUACUUCAAAUAUUAACAUAUACACAACUACACGCAUAUGUACGCAGGCAUAUAUGAUUAUUGUAUUUACAACUAACGAAUAAAUCGAACUUAGUAUUUUAACAAGGUAAA